AUGAAUUAAAAUUUAGUAACUCUGUAAUUUGGUCCACUAUCAUAUGCAUAUGGAAAUGCAUAUUUUUAUUUGGAAGGAUAACAAUUUUUCGAAGAAAAUGAUCCUAUUGAGCAUUCUAAUUUGUUUAAAAAUAUUAGUACUAAAACUCCAAGAAAUAUUGCUUGGGGAAAAAAGGAUGAAUUAGAUGUUUUGAAAUUUUAUUGCAGUGCAUUCAUAAAAAAUAAGAAUAAAAAAAAUGAGCAGUCUACACAUAAUAUAGAUCCUUUAAAUCCAAUUGAAUCUCUACUUUGGGAAAAAAAUAAGGUUUAAGUUAUUUAGCAGUAGGGUUAGAACACUGAAGAUUAAGAAGAAUAGAAGUAAAUGGAAUAGCUGAUGAAAAACAAAUUUUUCCCUUUAUUUAAAGAAACUUAAUUUGAUCGUAAAUAUUAGGUAGAAUUGCCUCAUUUAUUAGAUCAAAAGUUUGAGGUUUAUCAAGAAGGGUAAAUUCUAGCAAAAACUGAUUAAUUGGCUGAAUUGAAUGAAGACAAAAUUAGAUUAAUUUUAGAAGAAUCCGAUUAUGUAAAUGGGUUUUAAGUAUUUGUUGAUGCUGAUUCUGGUUUUGGUGGAUAUUGCGAAGAAGUACUUUAAAUAGUUCUUGAUGAGUGUCCUAAGAAACCUAUUAUUACUUACAGCUUAUAUGACUAUGAAAAUAAUAAACUUUAAAAUAAUAAAAAUUUCGUUAAUGAAAUUAUUUCUUUGGACAGAUUCAGGGAAAUGUCCAGUAUUUUGGUUCCAAUUAAUUUAAAUAGAUUAACUAAAUUUUCUGACUAUGUCAAUUACAACUCAAAUAUGGAAUUAUUUGAUCGUUCAAUGCUAGUUGCAAGCUUAUUUAGUGGACUCACUGGAGGUUAUAGAGCUAAAGAAAGCAACGGGUUACAAGACUUUUACAAGAAUAUUGUUUCUUACCCUAGUAAUAAUAUCUUCAACUCUACUUUUACUAUUCCUUUAAUUAAAGAUGAAAAUGGCACAUUGUUGAAUGAGCAUAUUUUUAACUACCAAACAAAAAGAGAUUAAUUUAAUUAUCUUUAUCAUGAUUUUGAUAAGUAUUGGAAUGACGAAUAAUGGGGUGCACCUGAGUCAUUUGGUGAAUCAUAUUUCUUAAGAGGAGUAGUUUAAAUGCCUUAAGAACCCCCUAAAUCAAAUAGUAUGCAAAUGAGAAUUGUGGAGGCUUUGCUCCUUUAUAAAACAAAAUAUCAUCGCCACUUGUUCUCUUAAAAUAUUUAAGAAAGAUAUCUUUAUUAGCUUGAUUCCUAGGAAAACUAUGAUGAAUUUUCACUUCCUCUGCAUACAGCUAUUUUUUCAAAUGAAUAAUUCUCUACUAAAAUAAAAUAACUAACUAAGGGGUAGGAAAACUUAACCAAGAGUACUAAAGUUUCUUAUUAUCAAUUAGAUUAUUCAGAGGAAGACUUUGAAGAGUUAAAAAGCAAAUAUUAAGAUCUUUUUGAGUCAUACGCCAAGUAAGAAUAGUUGCAUAUAGAAGAAGAAGAAUUUGAAUGA